GGCUCAGCGGCCAUGGCUCACGGGCCUAGCCGCUUCGCGGCAUGUGGGCUCUUCCCGGACCGGGGCACGAACCCGUGUCCCCUGCAUCGGCAGGCGGACUCUCAACCACUGCGUCACCAGGGAAGGCCACUGAAAUAGUCUGUCUCAUUUGCGGAAAAAAAAAAAGGGAAGGUAAAGCUGACUCAAUAGUGGCAACAGCGGGAUAGUGAAAAGUAGAUGGGAAUGAUCUUUAUCGGUGUUGAAGACAAAAAGAACAAGUGGAGCCGGACGUGACGGAUGUAAGAGACAGGAAGCCUAAUAACUUCGCCUUGGCGAGUGGGAUAGGCACGCGGCGGCAGCGGCCGGAACGUAGUGACGUCCUUCCGUUGGUGGGAUUGGCCGCGCGCACGCUCACUUCCGUCGCGCCUGCGCAGGUGGCCCCCUACUCCCGGUUGUGGCGGGUUUUCGGGACCCAUAUUACACAUAUGUUAGCCUUUCAUAGGAGACUGUGCACUUUUAAUUCCUGAGGGCGAUGCGCUGUGGUGCAGCCGUCAGGGCCGGCCAGAAAGUCUGCAGGUGCCUGCUGUCUGGGUUUAGUCGAGUAGAUGGGAGGCAGUUGACGGAAGGGAGCGGCUCCUUUGUAGGGCCCUUGAGGUCGCACGGGGAGCUGCCCCCGGUGAGCGAGCUGAGAGAAGGCCCCGAGUCUGGCGGCGAGGAGAGCGAGGUGCUGGUUGAGAUCUGUCAGAAAAGGCGUUUCCUCAGUGGCACCAAGCGACAGCUUAGUCGAGAUUCUCUUCUGAGCGGGUGCCACCCCGGCCUUGGCCCCUUGGGUAUAGAGUUGCGGAAGAACCUGGCGGCGGAAUGGUGGUCCGCGGUGGUGGUGUUCAGGGAGCAGGUCUUCCCGGUAGACGCCCUCUACCAUGAACCAGGCCCUUCGCUGCCCGGGGACAGUGCCUUCAGGUUAGUUUCUGCAGAAACGCUACGCGAAAUCUUGCAAGACAAAGAGCUGAGUAAGGAACAGCUAGGAGCAUUUCUUGAGAACUUACUGAAAACUUCUGAGAAACUACGGGAGAACCUUCUUCACGGUGCCUUGGAGCAUUAUGUUAAUUACCUGGAUCUGCUAAACAAGAGGCUACCUUUUGGCCUUGCUCAGAUUGGAGUGUGUUUUCAUCCUGUUUCUGAUACUAAGCAGACACCUGAUGGUGUUAAAAGAAUCGGUGAAAAGACUGAAGCUUCACUGGUAUGGUUUACUUCAGCAAGAACUGCAAGCCAGUGGCUUGAUUUCUGGUUACGUCAUCGACUCCUGUGGUGGAGAAAGUUUGCUGUGAGUCCAUCUAACUUCAGCAGCAGUGAUUGUCAGGAUGAAGCGGGCCGAAAAGGAAACAAACUUUACUACAAUUUUCCGUGGGGAAAGGAGCCAAUAGAAACCCUGUGGAAUCUAGGAGAUCAUGAACUUUUACGCAUGUAUCCUGAAAAUGUAGCUCAAUUACAUGGCAGAGAUGGACGGAAAAAUGUGGUUCCUUCUGUUUUAUCCAUAAAUGGAGAUCUAGACCGAGGCAUGCUGGCAUAUCUCUACGAUUCUUUCCAGCUAACAGAGAACUCCUUUACAAGAAAGAAAGAUCUUCAUAGAAAGGUGCUUAAACUUCACCCUUGUUUAGCCCCUAUUAAGGUUGCUUUGGAUGUGGGAAGAGGCCCAACAGUGGAACUAAGACAGGUUUGUCAAGGGCUAUUUAAUGAAUUAUUAGAAAAUGGAAUAUCUGUGUGGCCUGGUUAUUUGGAAACUGUGCCAUCCUCAUUGGAACAACUUUAUUCAAAAUAUGAUGAAAUGAGUAUCCUCUUCACAGUGUUGAUUACUGAAGCUACUUUGGAGAAUGGAUUAAUACAUCUGAGAAGUAGAGACACCACAAUGAAGGAAACGAUGCAUAUAUCCAAAGUAAAAGACUUUUUAACUAAAUAUAUAUCAUCAGCUAAGAAUGUAUAGAUUCUAAUAUUUGUGUAAUAAAUAUUCUCCUUUCCUAAUUUGGUUGUCUUAUUUAACUGAGAUUAUUAUUAGUGGGUUUUUUUGGUGCUUUUUUUGAUUCAGUUUUUAUUAUAUUUCUUGAUGUAUUUCAUGGUGUCAGGAAUAUGUUCAGCUAUAAGAAACAAAAGGACUGCUAUACUGGCUUAAGCAAAUUGGAGUUUGUUUCUUUCAUAACAAGAAAUCGAGGGGGUAGACUGUCCAGAGCUGGUGUAAUUGUUUCCUCUAUAGUAGUUAGGGAGCAAAGCGCUUGGCUGUCUUUCCACCAUCUUUAGUAUAUUGGCUUUUAUCUUUAUACUUGUUUCUUCUUGGUCACAAGAUGGCGGAUGUAUUUCUAGCCUUCUCAGCCACAUUCGAGUUAGGAAGAAAGUCAAAGAGAUAAGAGCUAGCCAGCCAAGGCUCUUCUGUUUUUAAUUAGGAAAGUAAAAGCUUUCCCAAACAUCCCGGUCAGAAGACUUAUUUACAUUUUAUUCUAUUUAUCAGAACUGAAUCACAUGGUCAUUACUAGGCCAGUCAUUGUCCAAGGGAAUGAGAAUAUCGUGAUUAAUUUGGAUCAAACACAAUUUAUCCCUUGGGGCAGUACUGUCUUGUCUUCUCUGAAAUGGGUUUUGUUAUCAGGAAAGAAGGGUCUUUAUAUACACUGUCAAAUAUCAAAGAUUAACCUAAAACUAAAAUUUUAAUAAUGAGAACAUUUAUUGACUUUUGCAAAGCAAGCUAAAAUAAAUGUUAAAUGGCAUAAUCUAAUAUUAGUGUAUUUCAUGUCUGAUUCUAAUAGAUAUGUUUAUAAGAAAUCUUUAAACUUUUGUGUGCUGAUUAUGUUUGUGUUAACUAUGUUGUCAUUACCAACCUGACAAAAAUUCUGAUACUUUGUGUAAAAUGUCUUAAAAGCUUGGCUGGCUUAUCUGAGUUGACUUUACUUAGUAGGUCUUUAUUUUUUGGUUCUUAUUUUUUGCUCUUGGGGAGAAUUUCAAACACAAACAUACACAGAAUAGUAUAAUUAACCCCAUGUACCUAUCACCCAGCACCGACAACCAUCAACCCUUGACCAUUCUUGCCUCAUCCACCCCACAUCGCCCUUCUACGUUAUUUCGAAGCAGAUCGCAGCUAUCGGUUCAUUUGUAAAUAUUUUAGUUCAGGAUCUUUUGUUAAGUUAACCAUUCUCACGCCUGAAAAAAAUGAACAGUAGAUGAUAAUAGGAAUUAUUGAGAAUUUCCUUGGGUGUGAUAAUGAUAUUAUGGCUUUAUUUUUCUUUUUAAAAAGUCAUUGUCUGAUAGAGACACAUACUUAAAUAUUUUUGAGUAAAAAUAUAUGAUAUCUGAGACUUGUUUUAAAAUUUAGUUUUAAAAAGUGGUAGGGGCUUCCCUGGUGGCGCAGUGGUUGAGAGUCUGCCUGCCGACGCAGGGGACACGGGUUCGUGCCCCGGUCCGGGAAGAUCCCGCAUGCCGCGGAGCGGCUGGGCCCGUGAGCCAUGGCCGCUGAGCCUGCGCGUCCGGAGCCUGUGCUCCGCAACGGGAGAGGCCACAACAGUGAGAGGCCCGCGUAACGCAAAAAAAAAAAAAAAAAGUGGUAGAAUAUGGAGGGAAAAUAGGGAUAGUGCUGAGUUGUUGAAUUUGAGUGAUGGGUACAUGGGAGUUCAUGUACUGCUUCUUUUUGUGUAUGUUUGAAGAUUUUAAUAAUAAAAAGUUUUUAAAAACCAAUUCUUUAAUAUCAUAUCCACUUAGUUUCCAGUUGUCUCAUUGUUGGAUCAGGAUCCAAAUAAGACCCAUUUAUUAAAGUUGGUUGUCGGUCUUUUAGUCUCUCUUAUCCUUAUACAAUAGAUUUGAGUUCUCUCUCACCUGCUCACACUCUUUUUUUUUUUUCCCCAAGACAUUUGAGUUGUUUGUUAUGGUGUUUUCUACUGUUUGGAUUUUGCUUAUUGAAUCCCCUUGGUGUAGUUUAACCUAUUCCUCUCUAUAUAUUUCCUAUAGAUUGGGAAUUGAAUCCAGAGGCUUGAUCAGCUUCAAGUUCAGUUUGGCGGGGGGGGGCAAGAUUAUUUUAUAGGCUGUAUUCUCCCAUCAGGGAGCAGUGACUGUCUGGCUGUUUCUCUUGGAGGAAUGCUAGCAAUCAUUGACCAGUGCCUAGAUCAGUCAGUUCAUUAGAGGUGGCAAAAUGGUGAUAUUCUGAUUCCAUCUUCCUUCUUUAUUUAUUAGCUAGCAUACUUAUAUAAAAGAAAAUAUCUCAUCUGCUGUUUGCUUAGAGGUAUGGGAAAGGUGGGAGAAAUGCUAGAUUUGUCCUCUUUAAAGUUACUCUUUUUCAUGCACAAAUUGUUCUGUCUUUGGCCAGUAGGAGCCUCUUCAUGUUGGCCUCAAGUCCUUUUGGCACAACUUUAGUAGUCUUUGAUAGCUUCCUUGGUAUCUAAUAUGUAAUAUAGAGAUUGUAUAGUUUAGAGUUUCUCCAAGGAGCCCUGGUUCAUUUUACUGGAAAACUGUUUGGAGACUAUACUCUGGGUGCCAUCACGAACUCACCAAUAAUUGCAAUUCAAAUUCAGGACUGGUAUAUGUGUGUGUGGAUUAGCUUUAUUGAGAUAUGAUUUACAUACAGUAAAUUUACCUAUUUUAAAUGUACAGAUUAUGAGUUCUGACAAAUGUGUAACCACUACCACAAUGAUAAUAUAGAACAUUUCCAUCACCCCCCAAAAGUCCCCUCAUGCCCCUUUAGGACUUAAGAGUUUUUACUUUAACCUCUUCUAUCACACAUCUGUAUCUCCUCCCACAUCAAGAUCCCUGGGGCUUCCCUGGUGGCGCAGUGGUUGAGAGUCCGCCUGCCGAUGCAGGGGACGCGGGUUUGUGCCCCAGUCAGGGAAGAUCCCACAUGCCGCGAAGUGGCUGGGCCUGUGAGCCAUGGCCGCUGGGCCUGCGUGUCCAGAGCCUGUGCUCCGCAACCGGAGAGGCCACACCAGUGAGAGGCCCGCGUACCGCAAAAAAAAAAAAGAA